UUACAGCAGAUUUGGGAUAGGAUUGAGGGUGGGGUGGUGGGUAGGGGUUUUUAUAAGAAUCGCCACCCCCCACCCCAGUAAACUCGCGGAAAGGAUUUGAGGGGCUUAUUCAACCCAGCAAUGAGUUAUUCGGAGGGGAGCUGCAGCGAUCUCAGAGGAAGCGGAAGGGAAACAAGAUUUGAGCCACCUGGCCGCUACGUGCGCGGCCGAAAAGGGGGAAAACUCGCUCUCUUCUCUCCGGCGGGCCAGGGAGCGGCUCGUUGCGAGGACUCCGCCAAUGGAAAGAGGCCGCCAACCUGACUGUAACAAUCCAAGAAGUGGCGGAAAAACCUGCCACGAGGCCUUCCACGCUGACCGAGCCGAAGGCGGUCUUGGGGAACGAGAGCAGUCUCCGCCUGAGGAGAUUCCUGAAGCGGGCCGCAGGGCUAUUGGCACAAACUUUCUAUACAGUGUUUAUACCGCUUCCGGCAGAGAAAUCCCGGCGCCUGAAGCAUUUUAUAUUCUCUCUUCCUUUCACUCCGCUCCCCCCAAGCCCUCCCCCCCGACGACUUCCCCCUUUCCCCUUUUCCCGUUUUUGUUAAAUUAGCGAUCCUUAGGACUGCUUAGGAAGCGAAGCACUGAGGUUUUCCCCUCGCCUCCCCAUGUUUAUGCUACGUCUUGGGAAGAGCUGCUCUACCUCCUCUUCGGUUUAGCGCCGGUAUUUGACAGUCUUGCCCUCCCUCCCCCCAAAGCCGUUAGCCAGCCGGCCAGCCUGCAGGAGAGGAGGGGAGGGGCACUUCUGGCUCCUCUCCCGCUUAGUCAGGGCCGGGAGGUGGGGGAGGGCACACCUCGUGGCGGAGGCGGCAGCAGCAGUUUGUGCCAAGCACCAGUUGAAGAACAAAGAAGGAAGAAGCGGCGAGAGGGCCACUCUCAAGUUACUUUCUGCACCAGCCAGCCCCGUCCAUCCCGCACGCCAGACGCUGCCUUUGCAAAAGACUGCUUGGAGGCUGCCUUCUCCGCUCUUUUCUUUCCCCCACCCUUCUUUUUUUCCCCCCUUUUCCAAAGUUUCUUUCGACCCUUUUCUCCCCUCUUCGCAAUAGAAGGAGGGGGGCAUCUUCCACGAGAAGGCGGGAAGGCACCGAAAUGAAAACUCAGAAAAGUGCUGCUGCAAUAUCAGGCAGUGAGACGGAAGAUGAUGAUAGCAUGGAUGUGCCCCUGGAUCUCUCUUCUUCUGCCUGCUCAAUCAAGAGAAGGAGACGGGGUAACUUGCCCAAAGAAUCGGUGCAGAUUCUUCGGGACUGGCUGUAUGAGCACCGUUACAACGCUUAUCCUUCUGAACAAGAGAAAGCACUAUUGUCAAGACGGACGCAUCUUUCCACACUGCAGGUCUGCAACUGGUUCAUCAAUGCACGGCGCAGACUUUUGCCUGACAUGUUGAGGAAGGAUGGGAAGGACCCAAAUCAAUUUACUAUCUCACGAAGAGGGACCAAGGUAAUUGAUGGCCACCUAGCAGAAUUUUCCAGCUCAAAAAACUGCAUUCCCCUGAUGGAGAGCUCCUUUUUCUCUGCUAGCCCAGGAUCAAACAAGACUUGUAAUGCUCCUUCUCCAGGAUCUCUUCUGGCUCGUCCCUCGGUAAUUUGUCAUACCACCGUAACUGCACUGAAAGAUGUCCCUUUCCAUUUCAAUCAUCUCACUGGUACAGGUCAGACCACAGAUGAUCUUCAGUGGGCUUCACCUACCAGCUUUACAGACAACUCUCUCCUAUUGCACGAGGAUAAGUUGGGACCUAGUUCAAAUGCACAAAGUGGGCUUUUCAACACUCCUCCUCCAACUCCCCCAGAUCUCAAUCAGGACUUCAGUGGAUUUCAGCUCCUGGUGGAUGUUGCACUGAAACGGGCAGCAGAGAUGGAAUUGCAGGCAAAACUCAUGGCAUAAAUUGUUCUUCAUAUUUUCUCUCCCCCAACAGGGAUGUAAUAGAAAGAUGUGACAAUUGUUUCAAUGAUAUCAAGGAUUUAACUGCAUUAUUUGUUCUAAUUAAUCUUAUUUGCACAAGGGAUUGCUGAAAUGAAGCUUCCUAUCCCUGUAAUGGUCUUCAGUGGAUUCCAGUCAUUCCAAGGUUAUAAACUUAAAGCUACUGUAGAAGCAAAUUCCUACUUUUAAAGUUUCUUAGUAGAUUUUUUUUUCAUAAUGUGAGAUGGUUCCCAAGAUCAUGUGAUUUUGUUUUGUUUUCAUUAUUUGUCUCUUUCAGACUGUGCAAUAUUUAGUAACAAGAUUAGUAUUCAUAUCAUUCCCAUGUGGAACAAAAUAUACCAACAGGCUGUCUUAAAAAAAUUCAGAUUUUAAAACAAGUUUGGAUUUGAAUGAUUAUACUUUUUCAUAAUGUAAUAAAAUAUUUUCUUUAAUAGUUGA